AUGAAUGGGAUAAUUAAAAUUCCUGAUCCAUUUAUAAUUACAAAUGAUAAUAUUUAUGAAUUUAAUUCAAAAAUUAGAAAAGUUAUGGGAAAAGCAAUGGAAUUAGUUGAAAAAGUUCAACAAUUAUUAUUUAAUGUUCCUCCUCAAAUACUUAAUGAAAUUUUUGAAUUAAAAGUAGAAACACAAAAUUGUAUAGAUUCUGUAAUGUAUAACAAAAUAACAUUAGAUAGAGACUCUAUUGAUAUAAGAAUGCUUUGUUAUAGAACUAUUACUGAUGUUGAUAUUAUACUAAGUGAUAAAUUAAUGCCACUCUUAGGAAAAAGUGCUGUUGUUUCUUCAUUAGGAAGAAUUAAACAAAUGUUUUGGAUGCCAUAUAAUGAUAAUGGAAACUUUAUGAGAAUGGAAGAAGUUUUUAAUUAA